CCAAAGAGAACACAAAACACAACUAGCCCUCCCUUUAGUUAGUUCUUUACAUACACCACUCUUUACAUAGAGAGAGAGAACCAGAAAAAAAAGAAAGAAAGAAAGAUGGGUAGAGCUCCCUGCUGUGAUAAAGCUAAUGUUAAGAAAGGGCCAUGGUCGCCUGAGGAAGAUGCAAAACUUAAAGAUUUCAUUGAGAAAUAUGGGACUGGUGGAAACUGGAUUGCUCUCCCCCAGAAAGCUGGGCUAAAGAGAUGCGGGAAGAGCUGCAGAUUAAGAUGGUUGAACUAUCUGCGCCCGAAUAUCAAGCAUGGCGAAUUCUCUGAUGAAGAAGAUAGAAUUAUUUGCACCUUGUAUGCCACCAUUGGAAGCAGGUGGUCAAUAAUAGCAGCACAAUUGCCAGGAAGGACAGAUAAUGAUAUCAAGAACUACUGGAAUACCAAGCUCAAGAAAAAGCUUAUGGGGAUGAUGAUUUUCCCGUCGUCUUCAACCGGGUACAAGAGGAAAUCGCCAUUGUUUCCGGCGACAACUAUCAGUCCUUCCACGGUUGUCCCGUUUCAGGCGCAGCCACCGCCGCCGCCCCCGCCGCCGCAAUCCAUAUUUUCGCUUUACACGCCUCCGAGUAUCCGGUCCCCGUUUUCCACCCUGGAUUCCUUAUCCCCAAUCCAACACCCCAGUUUCCUGUGUGAUAAUAAUAACACUAUUUCUCUUGGGGCUCCCAAUAAUGGGUUCCAUCAAGGACAAAACCAGGGUUUCUUGAACCCCAUGCAGUAUACUAGCCCUGCUAACAGCAACCCCCAUUUUCUCAUGUUCGGCGGCGGACCCGCCGCCGAGCCCGCCAGCGGGUCUUCCUCCUCCGAUGGGAGCUGCAUGAAACAAAACCCGCCCGAAAUCAUCAAGCAAGAGCCCGAUCUGCUCGGGAACUGUUUCCAGGCCCAAAUCGUCUCCCCUCCCACUGCAAACGCUUUCUUCGACGACCAGAUUCAAACCCAGACCCAGAAAUUCUUCGUGGACUACACCCACCACGUCCCCCAAACCCCGCCCUCCGACGAGCACCAUUUCUUCACCAACGGCGCACAUUUCACGAACAGCAGCACACCCACUACAACUCCUCCUCCCAUGAAUAACAACAACAACAACAAUCAGGUGCAAUAUGACCUUGAAGUCGUUACGCAGCUGGUGAGCAGCGGCAAUAAUGGCGGCCAUGAAAGCAAUAAUAACAAUGACGGGUUCUAUUUGUUCAACGAUGAAAGCAAGACGGAUCAUGAGAGGGGUAUGUACUACUAUUACUACAACUGAUGGAUGAUAAACAGUACAAAUAUCAUAAAGAUUUGCAGAGAGCGAUCCAGCGGCGAAUUGCAUGCAGAUUUAUUCAUAUUUUGGAGGAAGCUAAGAUCAUUGGGCUUUCUGUUCUUCAAGUAGCUUAGCCAGUUUAUUGUAAUGAGCAUUGAAUUAAAUUCCCCAACAAAAAAAACCCAAAAAAACUUUGUUCUUCCUUAAUAAUAUACUCUUUUCAAUCUUUCAUCA